AUGACACUUCUCUGGUUAUUGAGCGUUGCGUUUCUAGCGUUAACGUCUCCAGUGUACGCGCAGUGCGGUCCGCGAGUUCGUAAAGAUUGGGAUGCAAUGACAGCUACCGAAAAGAGCACGUACAUGGAUGCUCUUGCUGCUGCAAUGGAUUCUGGUGCUUACGUCAAAUUCAUCGAAAUGCACACGGAGAUGCAGUCGGAGAUGCAAGCCCAUCGUCAAUGCAUGUUUAUCUACUGGCAUCGUAUGCUGCUUGUAGUCUUUGAAAAUAUGUUGCGUGGGCAAGGAUCACGAUUUGCCUGUGUGACUGUGCCGUAUUACAAUUGGGUGGGAGCCAACAACCGCAUGCUUGCUGGUUCGUGCAACUCUAUUGGCAGUUGUUCAGCCAUCACACGAGAGCUUGGAGGCUACACAACUGGAUCACAACGGACUGUGAAUAUCAACAAUGUUGCGAAUACGGGCCGCUGUAUCACACAGUCGCCACUUAAUCAUUUUUGCCAAUCUGGAGCUGUAUCUGGACGCGCUUGUGCUCACUGUGUACCGCGUGGAGAUUGGGGAAGAGCAAGUGUUCCAUCGAGCACUAGCUAUGCAUCAGUCUAUCAGCAAAUUUUCAGUGCUCAAAACAUUGGUCAAAUGUCGCCAAAUAUCGAGCAAGGUUGCCAUAACAAUGUUCACGCCAAUUUGCAAGGGGCGAUGGGUACGUUUGCAUCGCCAGCAGAACCACUCUUUUGGUCGCAUCAUGCCAUGGUUGAUGCUGUUCAUACAAUCUUUCACAAAUGUCGAGUCGGGACGCAACGACUGACGUUUGCUCAAAAAGCAGCUCAUCCGGCUGCAUGGACUUCAUGUGCUACAAGGAGUGGCGGCACAUUUCGUCCAACUGAUGUCAUUGUUAUGCGCACGGGUGUCAACGGAAUCAACCCAAUUCCUGGUAAUCAAGACCCACUCAUUGGUCGCUACUUUGCUGGCGUUCCAAAUCAGUUCGCUGGUCUUAUGGAUGUUCGCGACUUGGGUGAUAGUAGCUACUCGUACGAGCUUAGCGGCCAACUUGCUGAUAUGUACAACAAUUGCGACGGUACUUCGCAACCAACUCCAGCUCCAGCUCCGCGAGCUAGUACCACCCCAUCAGCACCACCUCCGGUGACUCGUGCUACUCCUCCAGCUCCACCUGCCGCUCCAAUCCCUGCACCAGCUAUGCCUUUUUUCGGUCCACAGUCAUCUGGUCAAAGCUGGCCCAACUGGUUUCGCAUUCCCUGGGGCUUUGGCAGAGCACGCAGACUUAAAGAGGAAACCGAGGGGGGCACAUGGCCAAUAAAUACCAAGCAGAAUAAUAUUAUCGGGAAGAAAGAUUGCGAUGACAAGAAAACCGGCUCUAGCCCGACAAUUAACAAUGUCCCGACAACAAACAAUGUCCCAACAACAAUCGUCAGUCCGAUCACCAAUACUAUUCCAACCACAAACGUCGCCCCCCUUAGCAAUUCGGUUCCAUUGAACAAACCAGUACUGACUAACUCUACCGCUCCAUGUAACAACUCCAUUCCGACCAACACUACUACUGUGACAUCGCCUCCUCCUGUGCCAGUAUCACAAGCACCUUCACCUCAGUAUGACGGUAAUAACACCAACGUAGAUGUGAUCAUAGUCGAGAGGGAGUGUGCUGAAGAGAAGCAAGUAUCUACUUGGUAUACAACGACAGCAGUCACAAUGGGAGGUAAAUGUCCCCAAGUUUCCGCCGAUCUCGAGCGACAAAUGUGUAUGUUUGAAGAACAAUGUCUAGGCGGAGUUCAGGAUUACUCGGAAGCGUUCAAAGCCUUAUGGGGAGCCAAAGAGCCCCGUUGCCUCCGAAUUGUCAAAGCCAUCAAGAGUGGCGAACAGAACAUCACGUACGGAAAUUGGCGUCAAGACAUGGAACACUAUUUUGGCUGUCCUAAACCAGCAAAUGCUGCGUAUGAGUCUGCAUACCAGAAUAGCGACACCUCGGUCGAGCAGGUGGCCUUUUAA